AUGGCAACAGGAGGGUCAACCGAGCCGUCGGGCCGAUGGCACCGCUACAAGGCUGCGACUGAAGCCUUUGUCGGCUGGCUGCAGCGCACGGCGGCAAAGAAGAAGAAGGCCCAGGCGACGGCCGAAGCGUGGACCACAGGCCAGAUCUGGGCAGCAGCCAUCACCGUCGCCGAGGCAGGCGUCCCAGUCCCGACCGACGUCUUGCGCCACCUGGCGACAAGCAUCCGCCUACGCUGGCAGGCUUCCCGGUGCUUGCCGCACGAAGAAGGCCACCUCUACUUUCUCAAC